CUGAUGGCACCGCGGCUUGAGAAUGAACUCAAGCUAGUCGCUGUGCAGAAACUGAGAACAGGCUAAACUGAAAUAAACAUCACAGAUAUACAGAGCACUCCAGCCGCCAUGGUUCGCCUGACUGUGGAUCUGAUUGCCAAAUCCAGCAACCACAAAAACAGAAGAAACUGUUCCCUCCCACAAUAUCUCAAGAAAUUAACACAUCUCAACUUUUCAAACAAGAACAUAGAUGAUAUCGAUGAUCUGUCCAUGUGCAGAAACCUCACAGUUCUCUACCUGUACGACAAUCAGAUAACACACAUCUGCAGUCUGGGUUUUGCCUCCAAUCUUACGCACCUGUACCUGCAGAACAACAGCAUCACUCACAUAGAGAACCUGUCAUCACUACAGAGGCUCUCUAAAUUGUUUCUGGGGGGCAACAGCAUCACUGUGGUUGAGGGUUUGGAGCAACUGAGCGAACUGAAGGAACUCCACAUAGAGGGCCAGAGACUACCACAGGGAGAGAAGCUGAUUUUUGACCCUCGUACCGUUCUUGCCCUUUCUGGGUCGUUAUGUGUUCUGAAUAUUAAUAACAACAACAUAGAUGAAGUACAUGAUCUGGCGGUUCUUAACAAGAUGACACAUUUCUAUGCUGUGGACAACCAGCUACAGGACAUGCAGGAGCUGGAAACAGUGUUCAGCCAAUGGCCUCAACUUCACCGAAUGGAUUUGCGUGGAAAUCCUGUGUGUCACAAACCCAAAUACAGAGACAGACUAAUAACUGUGUGCAGAAAGUUGGAGGACCUUGAUGGGAAAGAAAUAAACGAGUUAUCGAGGCAAUUUCUAAUCAACUGGAAAGCCUCAAAAGAAGCCAAGAAGAAAGCAAGAAAUGAACGAUUCAUAGCAGGAGAGAUAACAUAUCCGUUUUCUGCUGACUUUCUCUUGGGCCCCCAGUAUCCCUUUGCCCAGAACUAUGCCGGCUUUCUGGGGAAGAGGAAGCCGCUGGAGUUUGGGAGACCCAGCAUGAAAAUGAGGUCAGACUCAGUGCGGACAGACUGCAGAGGAGCAAGAAGAGUGAUGAUUCCAGCAAGCGCACACCUAGCCACAGAAAUGCAAGAGUCUUGAAAAAUUCAGAGUCAAACGGCUCUGUGAGCGUCCACUCAGGGAGACUGUGUGGACUUCAUAAAGGCAACUCCCCAGGCCCACACACACUGAAACACACGCGCAUUUCGUCAUGAGUGCAUCUGGAACAGAUCUGAGUGCUCUCAGUAAGACGAAGUCCAUAGUUGCGGUCUGCUACUGUCAUUAUGUCACCGUGUUUCUGUAAAUGUAGAUGUUUCAGAGCUGUUUCACGCUG